AUGCCUUUAAGAUUUGUGGGCUUUGAAAUGAGCGAAUUUGCUGUUGCUAAAUGCGAAGUGGUUGCGCAAAUGCUUGCUUCGUCUGACGUGUCGAUUUCGAGCGUGAUGGAGGUCUGGCUGUCAUCGACGUGGGAAUGCUCCACGCUGAAAGAUUUCCAAAAGUGUGUGAAGAUGGUGUUGAAGUCAUUGAGUGGACGGAAGUCAAACCCCAAGUUGAUGUCGUAUCUGAGCCAUUGGGCUUCGGUCGAGACGAUAUCUGCUGCAAAAGCACACACGAAGUUCUUCACAAACUUACAACGAUACGCACAAAGGGUACUGACAGGAAUUUGUUGCUUCCGCCGCGAGACCGACCGUCUUGACUUGACUCAUUAUAUGCUAACUGGGAAAAUUCGAGCAUCCUCACGUGUAAUGAGGAUUGUGGAGAAAGAGCAAAGCGCUGUCAAUUCCAAAGAAGGCGGUUCAAAGACUGAGAGCAAGUCGACUUUGAAGAAGAAACGCAGUCACAGGAUGAGAAAAGCUAAACAAAGAGCAUUGUCGUCACCUCCAUUGGUUGGCAGCUUGACAAUGUGGAACGUGCCUACAGGAGCCCCGCUUUUGGAAGAAGAUGUUGCCUUCAACACAGUGAGCUUUAUGAAUAUCUUGGACGAUUUUAAAGAGCGCGAGAAGAAACAGAAAAACUCCACGGAUGAACUAUCGGUAGUAGAAUUGUUCAUGAUUCACAUCAUGCGGAACUUGCAUCGACUUCGUGAGUUGAUGGUUGCAAAUCGAUUGUCAAUCGAGGUGUACUAUGGCGUUGUUAAGGCUGUUCGAGGAGAGGCGGCAACAGAUUUUGGGAACCUGAAAUUGCUGGCGCGUAUCGCAUCGAUGCACCCAUUUACGAUCUCAUGGUCUUAUCUACCUGAUUACUUUGUGCCUGAAGACUUUCACGACGUCGCACGUCGGUGUUCGGUCAAUGGUGACUGUGUGCAUUAUGGUUACAGCAUGAAUUGGACAACUCAAGUGUUAGUAACGUCAUUACUUGACUACGACCCUACAAAUCACAAAGCGCUUAUUAAUCAUGUUCUGGACUCGGCCUUGGGCUUUUCUAGCGAGACUAAAGACGCAGGGUUGUCAUUAUUGGUUGGAUAUGUUUAA